AUGCCUCACGUCGACAUCUUGUUCAACCAGUUGCAGAAGAGAAAAACCGAGCCAGCGCAAGUUAAAACGGCUAUCGAUAAUUUUGAAAAAUGUUUUGUCGAUGUGAGAAAUAAAAUUGAUGACAUAAUAAAUGAAGCAAAAGUAUUUGCACUGAACCCCAAGGCAACAAAAGGAGACGACGUAAUAAUAGCAGUCACGAUCACCGAGUUGCCGCAUUAG